AUUAAGAAAUUGACAAUUGUGGGAAAUAAAAUGGAGUAGCUUUUUUUGUCCUUUUUUAAUUUAGAUGGCGAGAAUCUUUACUCACCCAAUCACUUGCUCCACCAAUUUGGGAUUUGACUUCCGCAAAUCACAGCUCCAUCUUCAACUUCGUCGCCUUCUCUUCCCCCAAAGUUUCACUCUUUCUCACACUCAAUCUUCCUGCAAGAAUUGGAUUCGCAGAUUCGUAGCUAUGGAUUCUUCUGGAACUAACGCAGCAAAGGAAUUACAUGUUGGCUUAGACCAAACUAUCGAGGAAGAGUUUGUCACACAGUCAAAGCUACUUAAAGAGUUUAUAAGUAUUCCCAGCAUUGACAAAGCUUGGAUCUUUAACUCUAAUUCUGGUCCUCAAGCAAUGGUUGCUAUGAGUCAAGCAAACCUUUUGGCUAACAAAAGGAGGAAGUUUAUGGUAUCAGGUCAUAUCUCAAAAGAAAGUAUACAAUCUGUGAACUUUCACUGGGCGCCGUUUCCCAUUGAGAUGACUGGCGCAUCGGCUUUUGUCCCGUCUCCAUCGGGUCUCAAGGUCCUUGUGAUUCGAAACCCUGAAAACGAUUCUCCUACAAAGUUUGAGAUUUGGAGUUCGUCUCAGCUAGAGAAGGAGUUCCAUAUUCCACAGAAAGUUCAUGGCUCUGUAUAUGUUGAUGGAUGGUUUGAAGGGAUAUCUUGGAACUCAGAUGAGACUCGUGUAGCUUAUGUAGCCGAGGAACCAUCUCGUCCCAAGCCUACAUUUGACCAUCUAGGUUAUUACAAGAAAGACAACUCCUUGGACAAGGAUAUUGGAACCUGGAAAGGUCAAGGAGAUUGGGAAGAGGAAUGGGGAGAGGCUUAUGCCGGGAAAAAGCAGCCUGCGUUGUUUGUUAUUGAUGUUGACAGUGGAGAUGUUGAGCAAAUCAAAGGAGUUCCAAGAUCGAUAAGUGUUGGACAAGUCGUUUGGAGUCCAAACAGUAAAGGCUCAGCGCAGUAUUUGGUUUUUGCCGGAUGGUUAGGAGAUAAAAGAAAGUUUGGUAUUAAGUACUGCUACAACAGACCAUGUGCUGUAUACGCAAUUAAGUUCAGAGGCGCUUCAUCAGAACCAAAAGAUGAUGAUAACGAAGCAGUUCCUAUUCACAAUUUGACUAAGAGCAUAAGCAGCGGUUUUUGCCCUCGGUUCAGGUUCGCAUCUUAUCUUAUGAAUUGUUUUCACUUGUUAUUUGAAUAUAUGUAUUUACUAGAAGCAUUUGUUCUCCUUAUUGAAGCUGUGAAUUGUCCUGACGACGGUUGCUUCCCUGGGCUGUAUGUUACCGGCCUUCUGAGUGAUCCGUGGCUAUCAGAUGGAAACACUCUUAUGUUGUCUUCCUACUGGCGCAGUUGCCGAGCAAUACUCAGCGUAAAUUUGCUAAGCGGGGAAAUAUUGCGUGUCAGCCCUAGUGAUUCAGAUCAUUCGUGGAACGUUCUUGCUCUGGAUGGUGAUGAUAUUAUUGCCGUGUCUAGCAGUCCAGUGAGUGUUCCUGAGAUUACGUACGGAACAAAAGUUCUUGAUCCAGCUGGGAAGCCUUCAUGGCUGUGGUCGAAUAUCCAAAAGCCAAUAUAUAAAUGCUCAGAGAAGGUAACCUUCUCCAGGGAGUUGUCCUAUCUCUCCUCCAUUGGGAACAGUCUUCUGAUUGUUAAUUACAGGGGUUCGGUGGGAUUUGGGGAAGAUGCUUUGCAGUCUCUGCCUGGAAAAGUUGGAUCACAGGACGUGAACGAUGUUCUCUCGGCUGUAGAUCAUGCCAUUGAAAUGGGACUCGCAGACCCGUCUAGAAUCACCGUGCUAGGUGGUUCACAUGGUGGGUUUCUGACCACUCACUUGAUUGGCCAGGCGCCGGAUAAAUUUGUGGCAGCAGCUGCGAGGAAUCCUGUAUGCAACAUAGCAUCAAUGGUUGGGAUUACAGAUAUACCUGAUUGGUGUUACUUUGAAACCUAUGGAGACCAGACUCACUAUACAGAAGCUCCCUCACCGGAAGAUAUGUCUCGCUUUCACCAGAUGUCUCCUAUAGCACACGUCUCAAAGGUGAAAACACCCACUUUGUUUCUUCUAGGAGCUCAGGAUCUUCGUGUUCCCAUUUCAAACGGAUUUCAAUACGUGAGAGCCAUGAAGGAGAAAGGUGUUGAAGUUAAAGUUUUAGUCUUUCCCAAUGACAAUCAUCCCUUAGACAGACCACAGACGGAUUAUGAAAGCUUUCUCAACAUUGCUAUCUGGUUCAACAAGUACUGCAACAAGGCUGUGAACAACUGAUUUUUCUCAUCUAAGUUUGUUUUCUUGUUAAGUGAAGUGAAAAUAAAAGAACUUUUGAAAGGAUAAUCAUUUGGUUCACUGUGUUUAUAUAUAAUGAUCUUCGAUUGCUUGCAACGAAGAUGCUAGUUCCGGUUUCAACUUUAGAGUAAGGGUUUCUUCAGUUCAUAUCAUGAACUUUUGAAGAUAAAAUUAGUUUGGGAGGUGCUUCUUGCAAUUUGAAAACGUAAGGGUCAUAAUUGAACUGUUAAAAGACUUGCUUAUAAUUUCCGCUUCAAAAAAUGUAUUUCCGUGCUCUGUUUCUCAUUUAUUUUUGGGCUGCA